AUGGUACGGAAACCGGCGGCCUGGAAGACGUUUUUGGACUCUAAAAACGUCCAUACACAGCACAAGGUGAAGCAAAAAGACGUGGUGGUUCCAAUCGUGCGUUGGAAUGAGCCGCCGCAAGUCGAAGUAUCUUCUUUGCACAUCUUCCACCUACCAGUGACUCAACCGAGUCAGAACUCGUCGUUCUUGGCUAGUAAAGAGAGUAGAAAACUAUUUGCUGGUGUGGAAAAGCAGUAUGAUGCUCGCGAUCAUCUGUGUGUCUUUGCAGGGACGGUCGAUGGCACUAUUAUUUACUGGAGGUUCGAGCACGACACUGUUGCACAAGUUAAUAUGCUCGUACUUCCACACGCUGAAAGUAGGAGACAGCCUGUUGUGGGCAUGGUCAGUGGGACAGAUGAAUGGGGACAGAGUAUGCUGAUCUCUGCAUCGGAGGACGGAGCAGUGGUGAGGUGGAAGCUGCCUAAUGGGGCCUGUGCAGAAGCCAACGAUUCGCUGGCAAAAGAGUUGUCGCCGCUGCUGGGACUCGAAAUGCUGUGUAAUAGACGCUUCGCACUUGUCGUGAGUAAGGUGUCAAGCAUCAUGGUGCUAGACACGUGGAAGAUGCAGCUGUUGUACUGUGUGGACACAGCGCAGGAGCAAAUACGACGGAGUGUGGCAGUGGGCGAGUUGUCAAUGUCAAGACCAAAGUCACCGCGACGAAGGGUGGUCAGGUCGACUAAUGCAUCGAAAAUGGAGACAAAGAGCAAGGGUAGAAAUGAGGAUCGAGAGGUGGUGGAAGGAGGACGAAUGGCUCCAUCUCGAUCAUCCCCCGCUGGCGGCGCGAAAUGUACGGUUACGCUUCCUUUAUCACACCAUGCAUCAACGAAACAGCAAACUCAGCGAUGGGACGCAGUGGUGAUAUCGCUGGGUGCUGAUGGACUUGUCAAAUGUUUUUUGUGGACACAGCCUAGGGGAUCUACGAGUAGCACAUCGUGCAAUGUGACUAGUGGUGGUGCGUCCGCGCACAAUUCGUGGGGGUUUCGGUGGGUGCAGCGCAGCACCUGGGUCAUAUCGUGGGCUGAUCAGGCGGAGGACAUUACGUGUUCGCAAAGCACAUCCCUGAAAGACGGGGAUAAUUUGAAUCCACAGACUGCGUUGAUGGGCUCUAUCAAAAACAGCUAUUUCCCGCAUUCUGUAAAGAUGUCUCCAGAUUCAUCUCUUGUACUUCUCGUUUGGAGAACUAAGUUUGUUGUGCUCAAGCGCAGUUGGUUGUGCUCACUGAAAUCUCGCAGUGAUGGCCAAGCUCGCAGUGAACGAUCUGGAAAGUCGAGUACUGCCGGGGUAGGAAGCUGUCGUGUAUCUCCGGCAGAGUUCUUGCGCCAAGCAGCUGAAGCACAUGGAAGUAACGACCUUGAUACGUGCAAUAACGAAGUUAGUAGUGGAAGUAUUGAUUGGGAAGAUGGCAAGUUUUUAGAGAAUGGCAUUAUCGUUUUGUGGACAAGUACCGGACAGGUGCUCCAGUUUUUGCCAACUGAACCUUCAGCAAAGACUGCUGGAAAGCUUUUCAUUUUUACGAAAGACCAAGAUCAGUUAGUUCCACGGUCUGAUUCUAAGGAUUUAGGUCACUUCAAAGAGGCUGCAUGCGUUACAUCGAUGGGUUGUCGGGCAUGUUGUCAGCGUGUAUUGCAAACGGAUGAUCGCCCACAAACGAAGCUAAAACGCUUGAAUGCUUUACUGGCAGAAGAACGUCGGCAUCCAGGAUACAUGUCGUGCAUUGAAUCUGGAUCGUCAGCUUCGGAAUCUACAGUGCAAAUUGUGCACACGUGCUAUCGGGGAACCGUAAGGCGUCGGACAAUGCCGGUGGCACCAAUACCAUCACCAAGACGAGUGCUUCACAAUAGUGAAAGCGUGAUCGUAGCAAGAAUGUCUCUGGCAGAAAAAACAUGGUUUCAUUCACUCACAGAUGGAUAUGAAGCCGCAGCAAAAGCUGCUCACGAUGAGAGCAGUGACAAGGAUAGUACUGACAAGAACACGUGUUACAAAUCUCAGCGUCGACAUUGUUUGACGCACUUUAUAAUCGGCAGGGAAGAGACACAGUCAUCCUCACCGUUUGAAGGUGCCUGGCGAACUGGGAUGCAUCAUAAACGACAGCGAAGCCCUAAUGACGCACUUUUACAUUCAGCGGAACUGCCAAUUACAACAGACACGGUGGCACCUGUUACAGAACGAGGUGGAGUCCGGAGUAUUGAGGAUAAGUUCGAUCAGCUAGGAGUCGACGGAAUCGACCAAAAGGGGCAUGAGUACUCAGAGUACCGGUACUUGCUAGACGUCCCUAUCAUUGUCAAGGGUUUUUCGGAUGGAAGGAUUGUCAUUGAAUUGCUGAGCCAAGAGCACCUCUCGAGUGAAUAUGGUGGCGUGCUGAAGGAUACAGCUACACGACUGUCAUGUCAUUCAGGGAAAGUGACAGCGCUGGCGCACUGCUGUUUGGGAGUUGAGUCCGCCACAUCGUCAUGUCCAAAAGCGGCUUCCUCCUGUCGUACAAGUACGGACAUAUUGAAAGAGACGUAUCUUGCAACAGCAAGAAACCCUUUCCAUCGUGCGCGCUUUCCUGAUCUCGCUUUAGCAGGCAAUUCCGAUAAGCGACAAGCUGUGUUCAACAGUGGUCAUCAAAGCUCGUUCACGAUGAAGAUCAUGCUGGAUGAUCAUGGAAUACUUGAUGGAUUAUCUCCCGACGCUGCAAGCAACCAUCCUGCACUCAAAUUUGUACUCUUUAGCGGUGCUUCAGAUGGUGUCCUAUGUGUGGUUGAGCUGACCUUGUACCACCCGGCUACAAAAAACGAAUCAGGCAGGUCCGUUCGACAUUCAGCAAGGAUUUUGCAAAAGUUUCGUAACCACCGCGGCGCGAUCCAGCAGAUCAGUCUUUCACCAAUCAAGAGGGGCAUCAUUGGUUCUGGUGGUGAAAACUGGGAUGCAGAGUACCCUGAUCGAUGGAUUGCAACUGCAGGAGUAGAUUGCAAAGUAGUUGUCUACGCACCUCAAUGCUUGCGAAAGUCCUCAUCUCGACAUUCAAAAGCCCGGAGCACGCCGACGCAAUGUGCCGAUGAUCGGUUUUGUGUUGAGUGGAAGUGCGUGUUCCAAUUGUCCGAGCAUGCCGACAGUAUACGCAAUCUGGAUUGGCAUCUGGAGAGUGGUUUGCUUUACGUUCAAUGCGACGAUCAAAUGGUAUACGUCUGGAGCACUGACACAGGCAUUUUAGAGCGUACGGUUCCGUGUGCGUUGGUCUAUGGCGGUGGUGGUGAUAGCAAUCCGGUGGACGUUAGAGACGAAGCCGAUAGCGUCGGCCGCUCCGCCGCUGGAUUCUCAACGCUCUCAAUCGGCAAUGCAACGGUGCAGCUUAUCCAGCUAAGUGUUCUCCGGAGUGCGGAACAGCUCAAAGAAAAUUGGACAAGUUACUUCUCUUCACGUUUUCGGAGCAACAGCACCGUCGGUGAGUGCAGCGAGGUCGACCUUCAGUCUUCACAAGCUUCUGUAUACGCGACUGGAUCCAUGGAGUUGUUUAUGCUCUCGCUGCUAUUGUCGUGGGGUAUUACUCCCGCUAUUGAUCAGUCGUGUCGCAACAUCCUGGGAAUCAAACCAGCCCGUGCGCUCUACUCUUGUGCGCUUCAAGACUCCAUUUCAGGAGCCCUGACAAUACCUGUUCCAUGGUCAACGCGGACGAAUUCAUCGUUGAUGGAGAACGAGUCUACAGUAAGGCUCGGGAGUGAGUUUGCAAAGCCCGUUGUGCCUGCUUUUGCACGAAACUGGCAGCACUCAUCGGCACUGUCAGCUAGCAUCGCAUUGGGUGUCGUAUCGCUAUGUAUGAGCUGCAUGGAGUUUGAGCAUCCAGAGUCAGACAGCGUUAGCACGUCUUGCGUGAACAAGGAAGAAUUUCAAGUUUUGUGGAGUCAGCUGAUCACGCAGUACUCGGUUGUGCUGCCCGAAUGUGUAGCUCAGUUUCGCGAGCCAGCACUUGAAGAGCUUGCAGCCUUUGGUUUUGACUCCUGCGAGCAUACGCAGUUGGCAGCACGUACACUAUUGAGUAACGUGAUCAAGCGCCUCCAUCCAUCGGAACGCAGCAUAUUAUCUGCAGAGUACUCGGCGAAACUGCAUUGGGAGAUGGUACGUUUGGAGAUGGAGACGGGUUGUUCUUUUGUCGGGGCAUGUGACGGGGUCGGAAUCGGUGGCAGUGCGAACUAUAGCGCCCAGUCAAGCGGUAAUCGUGCCAGUGGUGGAAGCAGCAACAAUGCCGGAGCUCGCUCGCACCCAGGGGUAGUGGCAUUCUCGUUAGUAGUUGAAAGGCUGGGUCCACUAGUGCUCCUCAUGAGUAUGAUCGGCACGUAUUUCCCUGGCGAGAUAUCUCCAGCCUGCGCGCGUGAAGUUUGCAACAUACUGGUAUUCCUGUUAAAGGCACCGGAACGAUUCGUGGCGUCAGUGUCAUCAGAGCUGCUUACGAAAGGACUCAUGUUGUUCAGGCCGCACCUAGUUGAGUUGUCUUCGCUCAUCGUCCAGCUUCUCUUGAUUGACAUGCGCGAAAAACAGUGUGGGGCACCAAGUGGAGGCGGCGACGGUACCCCUUCUGCACCUGGUGGAUCUCUUGCCAACUUUCAAGAAGGAGGAACUGGUGGAAGCAAUGCAGCAAUGAGUUUGUUGGUGGAGGUUGGUGCGUACGAGUCGACAUUUGUUCUCAAGCUGCUACACCAGGAAAUGUUCAAUCUGGAUCGCCCACCUGGUUUUCACGAGAGUAUUCUAUCGUGUAUGAUGGAGCUUGUCAACACCCACUACCUGCUCAUGUGUCGACACCUGCCGGUCUUAGUGGGUACAGUGAUGGCAUGUCUGGACCCAACAAAGCCUGACCGCCGCCGUCGCUGUCUCUCUUUGAGUACCCGCUGCCUACAUAGCCUGGUGCAGCGGUUUCCAAUGGUCGACUUUCACAAGGAGACGCAGCGUUUGGCUCUGGGUACAAUGGAAGCUGUAAUUGUCAUCUACGAUCUCCGCACUGCUACGAAGUGGCGCGUCUUAGAUGGCCACGCUUCGGCCGUCUCGGCUGUUCGAUUUCGAGCCGAUGGACGUGUGUUGGUUUCGUACGCAGCUCGAGAUGGCAGUGUUCGAUGGUGGAAUAGUGGCAAUGCUGGUCUGUUUGGUGGCAUGCUCAAGAUGCAUCAGUCUUGUCUCAAAGAGCAUACACUGACUGCAGUAAACGAGGCUCCACAUGGAGGUGGUGCACCAGCGUCCAUGAGUGGAGCAAGUGCUGGACUCAAGCAGAUCAUCCAGACCUGCCGCUUCCACUUUCUCACUCGAGCCGAUACUCCUCGCGACAAUGGUAGCCGGAGCACGCUGGAUGAGCCACUGAAACAGCACAUUUUGCGACUCACUCGAGAAGAUGCUAGCCAAGUGCAGUUCCUGCUGUAA